UGACUGCAGUAAACUAGAAUUGUUGUGGUAUGGUAUGGUAUGGUUGGCAAUGGCGGAAGCUCCUUCUCUGGUUUCUGUGUGCAUGGACGCUCUCUCGCACCAACUUCUCCAUGAAUGCGACGAUCUUCUUCUCUCCUCCAUUUACCACCUUCCUUCUCACUUACUCGACACCUUAAUCACGCGUUUGCCCCCUCUCGCGCUUCGCACAUUCCACCUCCACCUGCCAUUCGACCACCACUCCACCAAAAAGAGGAAACGCGCAAGGUUCAGCUUCCGCACCCUUUCACCUUUAAUUUCCUUCUGCUUACGGACACUCUCGUUUCGUUCUUGUUUCAGGGAAUGGAAUCUCAAUUCGGCUUGGCAGAGUUUGUUUCAGCAACGCUGGCCUCACCGCCUUCACCGGAUUCACCCAACCGAUUGGCAGCAGCUCUAUUGGGAAACUCAUUUGCAAGAUUGUCUAGAUCAAGCAGCGGAGGUGGCUCUAAUCCCAUCGUUUGUUGGAUAUAUCGGUGACAUACGCAUUUCCGACAGCAUAUUGAAAUCUAUUGGCUUUGUGGGGAAUUCAAGCCACUCGACUUGUGACCAGUCAAAAUUAUCUUACCAUUGCCUACAAUUUGGCAGCCAAUUGAGUUGUCUGAGGCUGCAAAAUGUUCUAUGUAAUGAAGAAACUAGUGUUUUGUUGAGGGAAUGCAAGCUGCAGAGUCUGGUACUAAGAUGUAUCAGAUCCAGGGGACAAAUUGAUGGAUUAUGCAAACUUAUUGCUCAACAUCGUAGUACCUUAACAUCUCUGGAAUUUGUUCACUGUACACUCUCCCUAGAUUUUAUUAAUGCAAUAUUUGGUUCGCUAAUCAUAGAAAGUGUACAAAAACAUGGGAUCCAACAUUUGUCAAUCAUCGCCUCAAGUUUUCUGGAACCAUGCACAGUUUCUUUACCUAGUGGACUUGUCUCUUUUUUGUCUUUGGGAAGGUCCUUGUGCUCAUUAAAAUUAUCUGACAACCACCAUGGACGGACUUUUGCCAAAGAUCUUUUUGUAACUCUUCUCAAUGUUUCCUCUGGCAUAUCUGUCCUUGACCUUUCUGGGAAUAAAAUAGCAGGAUGGCUUUCUGAUUUUAACAGGAAAUUCUUGAGUGGUUCACAUCUGUCUUUUGGAAAUGGAAAGUCCUUGAAACUGUUGCGUGUACUCAAUCUGAGGGAAAACAAUUUAGGAAAAGAUGACAUAGAAAGUCUUAGAUAUGCUCUUGAACAUGCGCCUAACUUGGAGGAGCUGGACAUAAGUGACAAUUCUAUUGAAUUUGAAGGAAUCAGGAAUUUAAUUCCCUAUUUUGUUGGAGCAUCUGAAAUGUCUCCCGGCAUAACUUGCUUGAAAUUAGAGAAUUGUGAUCUGUCCUAUGUUGGAAUGAAUCAUCUCCUUCAUGUCCUUUCUACUUACAAAGGACCAUUGAAGUCUCUUUCUAUUGCUGACAACUACCUUGGCAGUCAAGUAGCUAGCGCAUUGGGGAAACUUUUGAGCUCCCCAAUCGAAGUACUUGACAUUUCAGGCAUUGGCUUGGGUUCUUGUGGUUUUCAAGAGCUUCAAAAUCUAAUAAAAGAGGAGCUUAAGCUGGUGAAGAUUAAUAUAAGCAAAAAUCGUGGUGGCAUUGAAACUGCCAAAUUUUUGUUCAAACUCUUGUCACGGGCUCCACAACUUGUUGAUGUGAAUGCAGCCAGUAAUCUUAUGCCAAUAGAAGAUUCACUGACCAUCAUCUGCUCUGCAUUAAAGUUUGCAAAAGGUAAUGUUCAAUGUAUAGACUUGACGGGACAUAUAUGGGACUAUAAGCCAGAGGAUGUUUCUUCAUUCACUGAAUUUGUAUAUAAUGGAUUACCUAUAGUGGUUCUUCCGCCGUCAUCAACCUCUGCUGCACCUCAGGACCAUGAUCCUUAGAAUUAGAAUUUUGUGAUUUUAAUUUGUGUUGCAAGGCAUAUGCAAUUAAUUAGUUGUUUUUGUUUCUUUCUAUAUCAUUAUGUAUGUUAGCAUAGUUUCAUGCAUAAUGCUUGCAAAAAAUUCAUUGGCUGUUCCAUGCCUCGAUGGUUUACUGUACAACAACAAAGCUUUUUUUUCCGGUGUAUGUACAACAACAAUGUUAGGGAAGGGAAAUUUAACUUCUGUGCAUAUUGAUUGGUUUCUCUUUACUGUGUUCGAGCAAUCUGAUCUUUAACCUUCAUUUA